ACAAUGACCACAACAACAACAAUGACAGCAAAUAAGGACUCGUUUGAUCGCUUCGGCGAUGAUUUGGCGGAACUAUUGCUAAAAUAUCUCCCGAUUAAAGACAGACUGAGACUACAAUCGGUGUCCAAACAGUGGUCGGCAUUGAUAUUCAAUACACAAACGGAUCUCAUAUUUGAUUGGAAACUAUUACAUAAAAUGUCUUUGGAUUCAAGGCGUGACUAUUAUCAGACAAUUAAAUUGUUUAAACUAAUUGUCUCGAAAUGUCCGAACAUUACCGCAGUUACCAUAAGUGAGAGUUCAUGGUAUGCUCCAAAACAUCCCGAUACUGACGAUAUGAUGAAACGUAUUAUCGAUAUAUUGAUCGAAAACUGUCACCGAUUGCGACACUUUACCAUUAAAUUAGAUUAUGACGGUCUCUGGUCGGUCAUAGACAGUACGUUUGAACGAUUUUUCAGACAAUUUGGCCGACAAUUGUUGACAUUCAAGUUUGAAGGCUAUAAUCAUGAAUUUAAUAAACAAUUGUUUAACAAAGUGGACGACAGUAUGCCUAACCUGAAGACAUUGGAUAUCAUAACUUAUGAUAACUUUGAUGGUCAGGAAUGUAUUGUCAAAUUAAAUGAUAUAUUCAUUGAUAAUAAAAUGUGUUAUUCGUUACCAAAAUCGUUGAAAUCAUUGAACAUAAAACUGAAUGAGUCGUCGAUGUCUUUGUUCGUUAAAUUUGCCGAAAUUUUUGGCAAACAAUUGACAUCAUUGAAGAUAACGUUUGAACAAUUAAUGGUUGAUGAAGACUACUAUGACUAUUAUUAUCCCAAUUGGAACAAAUGGGAUCUGAAACCAUUAUCGGCUGGUUUUGAACAAAUGCCGCGAUUAAGACAACUCAAGUUUUAUUUGCCGAUUGAAUUUGACACCAAAUUUACUGGCGAUUUAUUUUCGAUAAUUGGCCGCAAAUGUCGACAACUUAAAUCAUUAUACUAUGAGUCAUAUAUAUUAACUACAGUAACAAUUUAUCGCAUGUUUACCUCAAUCAACAAACAUAUGUCUAAACAAUUGAGACUAUUAUCACUAAAAUUUUCAAAAUAUUAUUAUUAUGAAAAAGAAACCGAUUUAGUUUUGACCAGCGAUUUGUUUAAUCGAUUGACGGGAUUAAUACAUUUGAAACUUGAAUUAUAUAAUUAUAAAUUAAUUGGUGACCAGUUUUUUCAUGAUAUUCAUCUCAAUAUUCCGCGACUACAGUCUAUACAUUGUAACGGUUUGUCCAUUACUGAUGAAUCGAUCCAAUCUAUUGGACAGUUGGCACACCUCAUGGAUGUCUAUCUUCGAUGCGAUCGAAACAAACUGACAACAAGUGAAUCAUUUAUUUCCCGACAUUUACUGAUCGAUUUGAUUGAAUUGAUUGACGAGUUUUGUUCAGACAAAACAAAAAUAUAA